CUCUUCCCUCACUUCCUUAUCCUUCACCCCAACUUUGCUCCAUCCUGCUUGCAAUGGCUUCCUACGAAAUGGAGAAUGUUCGAUCUCAAAUACAUCGAGGACCUUCUAUCGAUCGGGUUCGACCGAGGGCUUCGAUGGAACUUGAACAACCGUUGCUGCCACCGGUCGACCAAGGCAGAGGAGCAUGGCUGAUCCUAGCAUCCUGCUGUCUUAUUCAACUUCCUGUGUGGGGUUUCUCCCUUGUCUCCGGUCUUUUCCAAGAAUACUUCGAGACUCACAAUGAACUUGAUGGAAGCACUGGAGGUUUGGCGAUUGUGGGAACCACAUCGAUGGGAAUUCUGUACCUGUUGUCGCCUAUCAGCUUUACCCUCCUGACCCGCUACCCUCAUCUGCAGAAAUACUGUGCCCCGGUUGGACUGGUUCUCAGCGUUGGAGGGUCGUUACUGUCAUCCUUCGCCCAGAAUGUCUGGCAAUUGAUAGCGACCCAAGGCGUCCUCUGUGGACUGGGAAACGGCCUCGUCUUCAGCCCAACGACGCUCCUUCUCGACCAGUGGUUCAUUCGCCGUAAGGGCCUUGCAUAUGGCAUCAUGUGGGCCGGCAAAAGCGUCUGCGGCGUGGCGUUGCCCUUCCUGACAAGCGCUGCUCUCGAUCGAUACGGAGCGAGAACCACCCUACGAGCCUGGACAGUUAUCACGCUUCUCACGACUUUGAUAGCACUUCCCUUCAUCAAGCCCCGAGUUCCUCCCGCGGCGUCCACGUCGCCCCAGCCUCUCAACCUCGCGUUCCUAAAACUGCUCACGUUCUGGACACUGGAGCUGGGAAACAUUAUCCAGAGUCUCGGAUACUUUCUCCCGAGUACCUACCUCCCAUCCUACUCGACAACGGCAGCCGGGCUGUCCGCAACGACCGGAACACUCCUUCUGGCUUUGUUCAAUGCCACCUCCAUCGUUGGCGGCAUCGUUCUAGGCUCCAUGUGCGACCGCUUCGCCGUCUCCAACAUCAUGCUGCUGUCGUCGGUGGGCUCGGGGCUAUCUGUGUUGUUAUUCUGGGGACUUUCUUCCGCUGCCACCAACCGGUCUUCUUCCUCCGAGCAUCUGCAGGCUCAUACCGCACUCGCCCUGUUGACGGUCUUCUCGAUCACCUACGGCUUCUUUGCAGGAGGGUUCAGCUCCACCUGGUCCGGAGUCCUGACGCAGAUCAAGCGGGAGAUGCCCUCCUUGGAGACGGGGCUAGUCUUUGGGCUUUUGGCCGGGGGGAGGGGUAUUGGGAGCGUGAUCAGCGGACCGCUCAGUGAGAGAUUGAUGCAGAGAGGUUCUGUUGUUGGGGUCCGUAGUGGAGUGAGCACGGGGUAUGCGACCGACUACGGAGCUGUGAUUUUGUUUACAGGGGUCACUGCUCUGCUGGGAGGUUGGAGCUGGGUUUGGAGCUGGAUGAGGAAGUUUCGGAACGAUCUGUAGUUUUGAAUACUUUAGUUUAGG